CACAUUACUGAGUAUUGAGUGAUGAAAACCCGCAAUCUAAACACCCUCUAACUGAUUGGUGUAAGAGAGUGGGUUCUUUCAAAGACAGAAAAAGGGGACUUUUUGGCUAUAAAGAAAGUUUGGAAACCUCAAAUGGCCUUUCUAUAUGCAUUUUCCAAAGUCGACUACUAUUGUUCAUUUCUUAACGAGUCAACAAUAUUUCAAAAUUUUGGUGUAAGAGAGUGGAAUCUUUAAGAGACAAAAAAGAGGAAACUUUUUGGCUAGAAAGGAAGUGGAGCAUCUUAGUGCACUAACUGAUUGGUGUAAGAGAGUGGCUUGUUUCAAAAAUAGAAAAAAUGGUACUUUUUGGCUAGAAAGAAAGUUUGGAAACCUUAAAUGGACUCUCUAUGUGCAUUUUCCAAAGUCGACUACUAUCCAAAAAUUGCUGAAGAGAUCGUGAUAGAAGCCUUUCGAAGUGUUGAGCCUAAUCCGUAUCCAUCACUGCCCCCAGAAUGCUUAGAGGAUCCACCACAUCCUGAGUCUAUGACAUUUAAAUACUUUCUUAAUCAUCUUCCGACUGAUUCUGAGAAAAUUUUUUGGGAGUUCAAUCCGAGUAGUAACGAAGUUCUACAAUUUGGACCUUAUUUCAGAAGAUUGUUUGGGGAAGUUGCAAAAUUAUUAUAUGGCCAUUUUGAAAUGGGUUUUUUUUCAGGGGAUUUACUCAACCGUUUACGUAUUCGGCGUGAGAAUCUGAUGGUUUAUCAUCCCUUUAAAAUGUCUAAGGACUGUGAGGAUAAUCUUGGGAGAACGAGGGAUUUAGUUCAUUACAGGUACAUGAUGGCUUCUGUGGUAAAGAAGUGUCUGAAACCACAUGAUAUAUCAAAAUACUUCACCCUCGGUUUCUCUGAGCUGUUUCUUCAACGUCCAGUGGUAAAGAAGUUUUACAUGUUCCAACUGUUUCAUCCUAUUAUCUACAACGAUUGGGACAAGUACAAACUCAUCCACGCACUUGUGGAUAUGCGGAUACAGGACAAAACCCAUUUCUAUAAAUCCUUCGGAUUUCAAGUUCAGAAAUAUGGGUAUUCAAAUUGGUGGAGAAAGGUUGAGAAUGAAACUCCUGAGUCAAUGCUGGGACACGUAUAUAGCUUUGAAGGACGUCCUUUUAAGAAUGCCAGUGAUUUGCCAGUAUACCUUAGGCAUUUACAUUCACACUAUCAUGGAGCUAUACUGGCAAUCAACAAUGCAAAAAAGGCUGCCUUCAAUCAGGAGAAGGACAAUAUUUAUGAUCAUAACACUGCUAUUGAAGCUGAAAUGGCUAAAUUUGAAGAUGGUGAUCCCCGUAAGGAAACAUUGGGAGCUGAGAUUAGAGUACAGUCAGAGAAACCCAAACUGGAAUCCCUACCCCUGCAUUCAGAACUUGAACCAAUUAUUACAGAAAGAUUUCCUGGUGUUUAUUCUUGCAUGGUUGAUGCCAUUAUCAGGGCUUUUGCAGUAGAUGCAAAUGCCGAAAUUCCUUUUCGCUGUAGCAUUUCUGAGUUGUUGUUUUUGAAGGGACCAUUUGGUGAUAAUUAUGCCUACAAGAGCAUUUAUUUUCAAGACGUGUCAGAAAAAGAGUUGAAAAGACCAAUCACGAAAGAAAGCUCAACAGAGAAAGGGUAGAGGCUGAGAAGGAAAGGAAGAAGGAGAAGAGGAGGAGUAGGAGUAGGAGAUGGAGGAUGAGGAGUAUAAGCUGGUUGAUUAUUGGCUUGCAACAGGAGUAUAAGAAACAUGAUUAUGGAACUAGAAACAAAUGUUGAAGUAGACUUUGAUUUCACUGACAGGGUAUGGUAGAGCUCCCCGUUACACUGUCAAGGAUGCAAAUACUUGUGUAGAUGAAUAUUAAUUUGUCCACCUUAGCAACAUGAAUUAAAAGCUAUCUUUAUUUUGUGGUUAGUUUAUGUUUGCAGGGUUACUAUUUCUACAUUUAAACAAUUUCUGAAGCCAUAUCUAAUUGUUUAUAGAUGAGUAUUAAUUUGUCCACCUUAUUUUCCCCCAUGUUGAGUUUUGUUCCACAUUUAGGGGCAUCCUUGAUUUUAUAAAUGUAUCACCUAAGCAGGUUUAAGCUGUAUGUCUGAUGAAUCGAAUCGUCAUAGUAGUCUUGAAGUUUUUGAUGUGUUGUUGGGCAUUUGUGUUUCCAUGAUUCCAAAUUCAUGCUUUUAAUUCUAUUUAUAGUACCCUCAAAGUAUGUUUUUAUUUUCCUAUUUCUUAGUGGGGCAUUAUAUUAGGUUUCCCAAAUUAGAUUUGAACACAUUGUUGUAUUGACCAAUUGAACAAAAAAAUGGUGGAGGUGGAAGUGGAUGUGCUUAAAUGUUCUGUGUAAUUAUAUAGU